UGUUUGUCUAGUGAGCAUUAGACGUAAGUGCAACGAAUUUACGAUGAUGCAAACCUAGACAAAGACUAGAUGGAAGUCUAUUGGUGGAAACCCAGACUAAUAAUCCAAGUAUUACCAAUUUAUUUGAAUAAGAGUGAAAGUUUGCUGAGUCUUUCUCAAUCUUCAGCCUUUAGUCUUGAAUUCCAUCUCUUUCUCAAGUACCAAAGCACUUUCAUCUUACGACCUUUCUCCUUAUUGUGUAUAAAUAUAAAAGUACUUUGAGACAUUUUUUUUUUUUUGUCAAAUAAUUUCGCUUUCGCUGAGGCGAGUUUUGCGUCCGGUCUCUGGUCUUGCGCCAGGCUGUUGACUUCAAAGAUUUGAUCGAGUCAUCACUUUCACCUUUAUUGUCAUGGUUAAGAAUUGUUGUUUAAGAAUAUGAAAAGUAACACAUCAUGGGUAGACCUAGACAUGGAUUUCGGUCCCUCGGAGCCGGUGAAAAAAAAAGAGCCGAAGAAACCGAGCCAGCCUGAGUCCAGCCUGAUGGACCUGGACUACAUCGACAGUUUAAUCGUAUCAAAACGGAGUAACCAGACAAGUAGUCUAGCCACACUCCUGGAAGCCUGCGACCCUAAGAAGUCAGCUGACCUGUCUGUCAGUCGUCAGAAACAGAAAGAACUGACAGAAUGGCUGGUAGACAAAGCUCUCCCAGGAAUUCCAAGAAUCCUCGUGCUGUCUGGAGCUUCUGGCUCUGGAAAAACUGCGGCGCUGAAGGUCCUGGCUAAGGAGAAUAAAUUUGAUAUAGUAGAGUGGAUCACUCCAACUGAUUCUGCUGCUAAUUACUAUGAUAAUAACAUGACAAUUAAACAGGCUGAUAAAUUCCUGGAUUUUUUCAUCCGCGCCACUAGGUAUAAUUCUGUGAUGGGCAAUCAGUCCAGCAGGAAGCUUCUGCUGGUCAAGGAUAUUCCUAAUAUUUAUUUCCAUGACAAAGACAGUUUUUAUGAUUUACUAACGCAGUAUUUUGAACUAGGUACUCACCCCUUGGUCUUCAUUUGUCCAGACUCCGAAGCCAGUCGAGUCCAACAAAUUCUUUUCCCUGCAGAAAUAAUCGAAAAGUACGGCAUUGAUAAAAUAAACGUGAACGCGACGACAGCAACUGCGAUGAAGAACAUGCUGAAGCGAGUCACUCCGAUCUUGAACUCAAAGGCGGGACAUAUGCUUCAAGUGACCCAGCACAACAUCGACGAAGUCUUGUCCAACAGCAUCGGUGAUGUACGAAGCACUCUUCUGAAUGUAAUCUUCACCUCGCUGAAGAUACCAGGCCAGACUAAGAGCCAGGACUGCGAGGUCCGAGAAGAGAGUCUGGGGUUGCUGCAUGGGGUCGGUAGAGUCAUUAAUCCUAAACGUGAGCCGGCUGAUAAACCUGGAGGCUGGAAAUUUGUCCACAAUCCUGAUGAGAUCGCUUCAUAUUUUUUAUCUCACUCAAAUAUUUUUCUGCAUUUUUUGCACGAGAAUUAUUUAAAUACAAUGGAAAAAAUUGAGUUUGUUGAUAUUGCUUCGGAUAUUUUGAGCUUGUCUGAUACUUUGUCAAUUGAAUAUCGGGACCCUAAUCUUGUUAAAUUGAAUUUGUCUUUGUGUAUAAGGGGCUUGAUGGUGAGCAAUCAAACUCCUGUCACAAAAUGGAACCCUGUGCGCAAGCCUAGAUCUGCGGAGACUAAACAUCAAAGAGACCUUGGAGUUGCUGAAGAACGUUAUUACAAAUCAAUUAUCCGACCAAAAGCAGUAAAGAAUCCUCCGAAUCUCGAAACUACUAUUGAAGCAGUUGAUUAGUUUAUUAAAUUAAUUAUAUUUUUUUACCAGCUACAAGUUAAUCAAAAUAAAUUAUUUUUUACGAGUUUAAGAAGAAUUUUGUUGUUAGUAAUUAAAUAUUUAAUCGGUAA